AAAAACCUACAUAUCCGUGCAACGGGAUAUGAGCUUGCGUCUGAAACCUAAAACACCAACCCCUCUCUCUCUUCGCUCUCAUCUCACUCUUCAAUGCAAUCUUUACAGUACACCUCUGAAUCCUUUCAGUUUCAAAAUCCAUGGAGGCCCACUAACCACUGCCCUUGCUCUAAAUCUCAUCCGUUCCAUUUGAAUCAAUGGAAGCCAAAAAACCGAAAGCCCAUGGUUUCUCUCUCUAAAAAUCCUGGAUUUUUACAUGGGUUUUUAUCAGACGGUCACGAGAGAGAAGAACAGCAGGAUUUGGUUCAGAAGCCAUGGGUACAUACUAGCAACCACCUUCUCCCAAAACCCCAUCAAUUAAAACUGAAUCAAUGGAAGCUAAGAAUCAGAAAACCCAUGGUUUCUCUCUCAAAAGACCCUGGUCUUUCAUCUGGGUUUUGGUCUGAAAGCUAUGAGAGAGAGGAGGAACAUGAGUUCAUUCACCUUCCUGUAGUAUUUCACCAGGGGAGUCGAGUUUCUCAGUAUACAUGGGAUGGUAAGCAUAUCAAGUUGGUGGGUUUCCAUGAGGAAGGUUUAAAUUGCAUUGGUUCUCUGUGUCUUGGUAGGGUUUUCGGGAAUUGGGUGGAGAUGAUGAAUUGCAGUGCGAGAAAGUUGUUUGUUCCACAAAAAGUUCAGGAAAAUUACAUGGGUUAUUUAAAGUGGAAGCUUUUACAUCGUGUUUUUAGCUCAGCUCUCAAGGUUGUUGCUACUCAGGCCAUGUUUCGAGCUAUUGGAAUUGGAAAUUGUCGAUCUCUUGCAUCUGCAGCUGCCCUGAAUUGGGUUCUUAAAGAUGGACUUGGACGACUUAGCCGCUGCAUAUAUACUGCUAGCCUUGGAUCAGCUUUUGAUACUAACUUAAAGAGAGUGCGGUUUUCAACAUCUCUCCUGUUCAGCUUGAGUAUUGGAGUUGAGAUGCUGACUCCAUAUUUCCCCAACUACUUCUUGCUUCUUGCAACAAUUGCCAAUGUGGGAAAAUCCAUAAGUUUGGCUGCCUACUUAGCAACAGGGUCUGCAAUACAUAGGAGCUUUGCAAUUGCGGAUAAUCUUGGGGAAGUUUCAGCCAAGGCUCAGAUUCAAACAGUCUGUUUUGAUAACCUGGGUCUUAUGCUUGCAGCUGUAUUGAAUAUUGUAUGCAAGAAUAACCAAAGAUUACAAGCAACCCUCCCAUUGGUUGUAUACCCACUUUUCUCUGCGGUUGACUUGAUGGCUAUUUAUCAAGCCCUCAAACACGUGCAUCUGCAAACCUUAACUAAGGAUAGACUAGAAAUCAUCAUAAGAAAAUGGAUUUAUUCGGGAUAUGUCCCUUCAGCCGCAGAAGUGAGCGAUACAGAAGGAAUUAGUUUUCUUAGGUUAGCAGGCAGUGAGCCAUGGCCCAUCAGAAUCGGAUGUGUUGAUUCGAAGGAUCCUUCGCCCCAGUGCUCAGUGCUGACAAUGCAAUCUCUAGGAGGCGAUGAUCUCUAUUUCAUAUGCAUGGAAACAUCUUGUAAGGGUUUUAGAAGAAAGCGACAAAGAGGGAUGGUACUUUGUCUUCACGAAGGGGCAGGCAACAAAGAAAUUAUUUUGGGAAUGCUGCAGGCUUGCUACAUGAGAAGGGCCCUUGUUUCAGACCGAUGUAGCUUGGCAUUGGGGAAUGGUUCACCAUGCUCUGGUUACUGGUCCCCUGUUUACAUGAGAGAGUGGUUUGAAAUGGUGGAGGAGAGUAAGCAAUAUGCUAGGGCAGAGGUAUCGGAACUUAUUGAAGAAAUGAGGAAGUUGGGUUGGGCUGUGAAGAAUGUUUUGUUGAAUACCCAAGAACAGAUCAGAUACAGUUUCAAUGGAGCUUGAGAAGAUGAGGUUUUCAGAUAAUUGAAAACCUUUAUAAACCACAGAGAGAGCUGGGUCUUCCUGGAAGAGGGAAUCGUCAUCCCCCAUCAGAGUGAGAGAGAUGAUAAUGGCUUUGAAAUUAUUCAGAGAGAGAGAGAGAGAGAGAGAGAGAGAGAGAGAGAG